CUGCCGCCGCCGGCUCCCCGCCGCCCGGGCCCGGGCCGGCCGCGCCGGGGGCCGCUGCGCUGUCGUCCCGCAGCUCCCGCCGCCGGCCGGGAAUGAGUUAGUCGCAGACAUGGACACCAAACAUUUCCUGCCGCUCGACUUCUCCACCCAGGUGAACUCUUCAUCCCUGAGCUCUCCAACGGGUCGAGGCUCCAUGGCUGCCCCCUCGCUGCACCCCUCCUUGGGUCCAGGAAUCGGCUCUCCGCUGGGCUCCCCCGGGCAGCUACACUCACCUAUCAGCACCCUGAGCUCGCCCAUCAAUGGCAUGGGUCCACCCUUCUCUGUCAUCAGUUCCCCUAUGGGCCCGCACUCCAUGUCGGUACCCACCACACCCACACUGGGCUUUGGGACUGGAAGCCCCCAGCUCAACUCACCCAUGAACCCGGUGAGUAGCAGUGAGGACAUCAAGCCCCCACUGGGCCUCAAUGGCGUCCUCAAGGUUCCUGCCCACCCCUCAGGAAAUAUGGCAUCCUUCACCAAGCACAUCUGUGCUAUCUGUGGGGACCGCUCCUCAGGCAAGCACUAUGGGGUAUACAGUUGUGAGGGCUGCAAGGGCUUCUUCAAGAGGACAGUUCGCAAAGACCUGACCUACACCUGCCGUGACAACAAGGACUGCCUGAUCGACAAGAGGCAGAGAAACCGGUGUCAGUACUGCCGCUACCAGAAGUGCCUGGCCAUGGGCAUGAAGCGGGAAGCCGUGCAGGAGGAGCGGCAGAGAGGCAAGGACCGGAAUGAGAAUGAGGUGGAGUCCACCAGCAGUGCCAAUGAGGACAUGCCCGUGGAGAAGAUUCUGGAAGCCGAGCUUGCUGUUGAGCCCAAGACUGAGACAUACGUGGAGGCCAACAUGGGUCUGAACCCCAGCUCACCAAAUGACCCCGUUACCAACAUCUGUCAAGCAGCAGACAAGCAGCUCUUCACUCUUGUGGAGUGGGCCAAGAGGAUCCCGCACUUCUCUGAGCUGCCUCUGGACGACCAGGUCAUCCUGCUACGGGCGGGCUGGAACGAGCUGCUUAUUGCCUCAUUCUCCCACCGCUCUAUAGCUGUGAAAGACGGGAUCCUCCUUGCCACUGGCCUGCAUGUACACCGGAACAGUGCUCACAGUGCUGGGGUGGGCGCCAUCUUUGACAGGGUGCUAACGGAGCUGGUGUCUAAGAUGCGUGACAUGCAGAUGGACAAGACAGAGCUGGGCUGCCUGCGUGCCAUUGUCCUCUUCAACCCUGACUCCAAGGGGCUUUCAAACCCUGCUGAGGUGGAGGCGCUGAGGGAGAAGGUGUACGCAUCACUAGAGGCGUAUUGCAAACACAAGUAUCCGGAGCAGCCGGGCAGGUUCGCCAAGCUGCUGCUUCGCCUGCCUGCACUGCGCUCCAUCGGGCUCAAGUGCCUGGAGCACCUGUUCUUCUUCAAGCUCAUCGGGGACACGCCCAUUGACACCUUCCUCAUGGAGAUGCUGGAGGCCCCACAUCAAACCACCUAGGCCCCUGCCACCCGUGCGCCGGUCCCGCGCCCUGCCCGGACACAGCUGCUCAGCUCCAGUCCUGUCCCUGCCCUUUCUGCUGGCCCAUGUGGACCUUUGGGGUGCAGUAUCCCUACGGUCUCAAAAGAUGCGUCACCAUCCUCGUCAUCUUUAUUACCGCUUGCCUUUGGCCCGGGGCCAUGGCCAGAGCUGGUUGAGACCCAGCCAGCCCCCUUCCCCACAUCAGGCUCUUAGGCUACCCUGCUGUUACCCUGAGGGGCUUAGGGGUACUUCAUGGGGUCUUCAGCGCCUGGAGCUACGAGAGCUGGGAGAAGGGCUUGUUCUAGUUGCUGUUUGCUGUCGCUGGUUCUCGACAUGCCCAUGUGGCAAUUCUGUUUGGAGUGGCCCGUCUUUGCCUGUGCAGAGUUCUGGUACCCAGCUAGGGUGGGAGUCACCUGGGGUAAAGAGGGAGCAGGUGGGGGCAGGUCCUAUCCCCCUGGGUCAGAGCUAACCCGUAAAGCCUGUUCCCAAAGAUAGCCUGAGAUGUCACCGUGGCCACUGCGCAGGAUUCUGGGACCACCUCAAGGCUGCAUGGGCUGGGAGUCCUCCCAGUUCCCCCGUAUGUCUCACCAACCCAGGGUUAGCCAGAUGUAGUAGCCUGGCUUUUCCCUAUUCCAAACCUUCCUUUGUGGUCUGCAAGGUGGUGCCAAGGAUCAUCCUGGAGGGCUACCCUGGGCUCAAGUAGAAUGGGGUUUCCAACUCAGUGGUCCUGUGGGCAACACAUGGGCUGUCCUUUUGCUGGCCUCUUGUAGGACACUGGACAUCGCGAGGCUCAGGGAAGGGAGGCGGUUGUUGUCUGGUUUCCUGAGAGAGGGCUGGAGGCACUUGGGGAUGAGCCACACAGACGUGACAGUGGCCUGGUGUGACUCACUUGCCAGCCUCUGUGGGGUUCUCCCAUGGGCCGCUUCUUUGACUGGUCACUUCUUUUAGGGAUGCUGAUAGGGACUCCUCUUGGUAUGGGGUUGUCUGUGGGCAGUGCGCAGAAUCUUACCCAAGGGUUCUGCCACAUCUGCUCAGGUGGCAGGCUGCAGACUCAGACUUUAGCUUUGUCUGCGUGGCUCACUUCAGGCUGAGUGUGCCUCUCCAAUUCAACAGCCUUGUUUGCACUGUAGGACCUCCCUGGGUCCCAGUCUUCAUGAUCUAGUCUCACACCCAGGGACCCAGGAUUGUCAGGAGCAGGUGCCUUAGUGGGGAUGACCACACUGCCUCCCCGACAGCUGGUCUCCCAUUGGUGCAGAGGGGUGGGAGGGGAAGGCCUUCAUGGAGCCAGCCAACCAGGGGUUGGGCCUGGAGGUGGUGAGUGGGAGGAGCUGGUUUCAUAGGCUCUAUGAGGAAGGACACAUUCAUUUUCCAACUUUCAAAGUCCCCAACCAUAGCCAGCUGAAGCACCUAUGAAAGAUUCCAGAAACAUCUCCCCUGUACCCCGUCCUGACUAGUGGCAGCAUGAGAGAUGUGCGUGGGACGCCUCACAGUCCCCAGGACCAGCCAGCUGCCCCUUGUCCUAGACUUUCCGAGAAACUCUGUGCAGCCUCUGGGGGAUGGUAGCACCAGGCGCAGGGGGUAGACUCCCCAACCCACACCUAGCACUGUGCCUUCUGCAGACCACAGCUCCCAUUGUUCACGUUGGCCCCGUUAUGUGCUGUGCUGUGUCCUGUGCCACCGAGGAGGGUCAGUGGCUCCUGCAGAGAAAGUCCUGGGACUGACUCUGGAAUGCUGCCAUGGGCUUGAUUGUUUUUCAGGCACUGGGGCCGUGACCCCUAGCCCCACAUAGCCUCACCUGCCACUGCUCGUCAUCAUAGACGCCCUGGUGGGCUUCCUGUUCCUCUAGCCUCAUUGUCACCGUCAUUGUGUGUACAGCGCUGUUUGUUUGCAGGGGAGGCGUGGGCGUGUUGUCACUAAGGAGAGAAUUGGGUUCAUUUAACCAGACCUUCAGCCAUGUUACCCAUCUGGCUCAGUUAGGGUGAUUGUAAUUAUUAUUGUUGUUACUAUUUUGGUGGAACAAUCUUUAAUUUUCUAAAGAAAGCACUAAUGUCAGCUCAUUAGCUACCCCGCGCCCAUCCCCUCCUCGGCCUGGUUGGAUAACAGCUGCCAUCGAUGGUCCUGUGACAUUCUCACUGCUGCUUUGGGGCCAUGCUCUUCAUCUGUGUCUCCUCCCUGCUUGGAGAUUCAUUUGGGGCUCCUAUGACUGAGAAGUGAAGAUGACCACAGAGCCUGUGGCAGCUUCUGGCCCGUGUCACCCUGAAACCACAGACACUGAGGGAAUUUGGUCUCACGCCCUCAGUUUUCCAAAUUACAGCAGCCCUAAGGAUACUAGGCAGUUUGGUGACAGUGCCAAGGGACACCUGAGCCCCUUCCCCUGGGAUCCCAGAAGAUCUGGCCGGAGCAGGCAACCAAUGGCUAAUCAUUUGCUGUCCCCGUCACAGAAUCGGGGGCAUGUGACCUGGUCCCCAUGCACACAGGUGUGUGUUGUGAACAUGUAUGUGCUGUACAGAGACUGUGUGCAGAGACUGCAUGCCGGUGACAGGACCUGCGGCACAGUUACUGUUUUGUGUUCUCUUGUAAUCAAGACUUUCCCAUUUUCCUGUACAUUCGCUUCUUGUGAGCAAGGACCUGAGGUCCCCUUCUGUGGGGAAGUCGGGCUCUGGUGACUUUGGAGGCAGGGGAUGCAUCUAUUUUCAGAUGCUGCAGGGCUGGAGUGCCCUGAUCUCUAGCCAUGCCUUAGCUGGGAUGCACGGCCACUGUGGGGAGGAUGCCGUGUCCACAGGGAAUAAAGAUAGAGGAAUGUUUAACGCACCGGGAAGGGUAAAUGAAUCUAUUUUUGUACAAAUGUAAUUUUAUCCCUCAUGUAAACUGGAUGGCACGGCGGGGGACCUGUUUUGUUUCUGCUUUGAGUGUCGCGAAGCGUUGGGACACCCGGACGCUGAGAUGGCAGAGGAGGCCCUUCCGAGGCGGCUGAAGAACUCGUGAGAACAGCACAGACAGACAUUUCCUUCGGUGGGUGGGAGGGCCACAGCCAGCAGGGUUUCCUUCCCCUUCUUGGUGAUUGGAACAACCUUGCUAUAUCCUCGGUGCCUGCCUGCCGGCCUUGCCGCAACUCGUCUGACUGUGAAAUGACUUCCCUGCGUAACUGCUCUCUGGGACUUUGUGGCGCAGACGCUGGGGGUUGAUGAACAGCAGUCUCAGGAUUGUAGAAAAGAAACACAGAAAAACGUGAGAGGAGAGACAAAUAUGAGCGUUUCAAAAUAUAUCUCCAUUCGGUUCUCA